AUGUCCGACUCACCAAACGGAACCCCCUACUUUCGCUCCUCCAACCACGCCCAAGGCCUGGCAAACUAUCCCCACGCUCGCAUUGUCCCUUCCGGCAACGCGCACACCAUCUACGUUUCUGGAACGUCCUCCCGCUGCGGCGAUGGAACUUUUGUCGGCGCAACUCCCACCAAAGAUGAAUCCGGAAACACGACGCUAGACCUGGAUAUCCGGCUUCAAUCCGAGGCUGUUCUGUCAAACAUUAGCGAAGUCAUCAAAGGCGCCACCGACGGCAAGGCAAACAUGCGGAACGUCGUGGAGGCGACUGUGUUUCUCGUCAACGUGGAAAGGGACUACAAGGGCAUGAAUGAGGAGUGGAAUAAGGUGUGGCCAGAUCGCGCGUUGGCGCCGGCGAGGACGACGGUGGAAGUGAGGGCUUUGCCGAGGCCAGAGAUAUUGGUGGAGAUCAAAUGUGUAGCUCACUUGCCGUGA